AUGAACGGCCAUCCGGCCAUCCCAUCGCGACACUUUCAACAGGCCUCGCUGCAACUGGAUGAUUUCAAGCAGAUCUGUUCACGCACAGUCGAGGCCUCCACCUAUCCACUAGCCUGCACGGUGCAGCAUAAGAUCCCUAUCUAUGACCUCGAAGCCAUUGACGGUCAAACCCUAACUGCCGAGACUAUCUCGCAGCUGCAGGAUGAAUGGCACCAUAUCUUACACAGCGGUCCAGGCGUCUUCGUCUUGCGGGGCAUGUAUACGCCCACCCGCUACAGCCACGUCUUAUCCGCCACAGACUCAGCCUUCGAUCGCAUAAUUGCGAAAGAGCGAGCAUCCAAUCCCAAAAAGGGUGACCAUUUCGCCGCGAGUGGCAGUAACGACCGAAUCUGGAACUCGUUCAACAAACAUGGCGCUGAGGAUCCAGCCUCUUUUCUGGAGUAUUACUCCAAUCCUUGGCUCGCCACCGUCUGCAGCGCCUGGCUGGGCCCAGGCUACCGAGUUACCGCACAGGUAAAUGCCGUGCACCCCGGCGGUGCAGCCCAAGAAGCGCACCGAGACUUCCAUUUAGGCUUCCAGGAAGCGGACGCCUGCAUUCGUUUCCCCGCCCCCACCCAGCUAGCCACCCAAUUCCUUACCCUGCAAGGAGCCGUCGCGCACACCGACAUGCCCGUGGAAAGUGGUCCAACCCGCUUCCUCCCUUUCUCUCAAACCUACGCUCCAGGUUAUCUAGCCUGGCGCCAACCAGAAUUCCGUGCCUUCUUCCAAGAGAACUAUUUUUCCCUUCCUCUCUCCCUUGGAGAUGGCGUUUUCUUUAACCCAGCAUUAUUCCAUGCUGCUGGGGCAAAUAUUAUGGAUCCCGAGAAUGGUGGCUUCAGACGCGUGGCGAAUCUCUUACAGAUAAGUAGUCCAUUCGGGAAACCGAUGGAAACCGUUAACUCCUUGCCGCUUAUCAGGGAUACAUGGGAUCUACUAUGUGAGAGGUACCGCAAGGCUGGGAACAGUGUUGCAGAUGCAGAACUUGACCCGCAGAGAUCUUCCCUUGCUGAGCGUGAGAUUAGGGCUUUUGUGCAGGCUGUUGCGGAGGGGUAUCCUUUCCCGACUAAUUUGGAUCGGAGGCCACCGGCUCCGAGUGGCAUGGCACCGGAUUCGGAGCAGGAUAUCUUGUUCAGAGGUUUGAAGAUGGGCUGGAGUCAGGAGGAGCUUGUUGAGGUGUUGGAGCAGAUGCGGAGGGAUGAACAGGCAUAA